UUGCUCUCAUCGCCAUCCCUGUCGAGCUCGCAUCUCCGUGUUGACCUUCACGGGACUCAAAGUAUCAUAUCACGUACUCGUACCUCUUGACCUCAAGCGGCGUAGUCUUCGGCCGCGUGUGACGCAGGCCCGCCGGCAGUCUAAGCUUCACACGGAUCGCCUUCCAAGUUUACUUGCUUCAUCGAACCCCGAGAAACUCGCAUCUUGAUUUUUCUCUGCGUACUCUCUCACAUGAACACGCUAUCUACGCGCGCUGCAGCCUACGCAGCGAGCAGACGGGCUGUCUUGCCCCGCAUCGCGCAUGACAGUCGACCUUCUUUGGGGCAAAGGCCCUCACUGUAUUUCGCCCCAAUCGGCCCCACUGCGAGAGCGCGUAUACACACUGAGGGAUCGACUCCGUUCAAGGCACGAAGUUUCUUGCAAGCUAUCCUGUAUCGCGCCGAUGGCCAUCAACGUUCAAUAACGGCCGGGACAGUAACAGUAGCGUACCUCCUGCUGCUCAUAUCUGUCCUCAAGGAGAUGUACGAAGCACGAGCCAAACUUCGCAUCGUGCACGGCAUGGUGGACGCCUACAUACGCAAUGCACUCAUCAUCCAUCGGCCUGUCAACGCAUUCGAUAGGGAUGCGCUACUCCAACAAUUUGAGCGCAUACUUGGAUUUUACAGGCCCGUGUCCAGCGUCGAGAAAUUUGAUCGGACAGGAGAAGCCAUCCGCGGGGCAGUCAUGGUCGCCAGGUCAGAUCCCGAGGUGAACGCUCGUCUCGUUGCCGCAAUUCAGACUAUUCUGGUGUUCGCCAUCGAUAUCUAUCGUCAGCAGGACAGGUCCAUCGACCUGCAGACUGUGAAGAGAGAUGUGCUUGCAUCGCUCUUGACAUUGAUGAAGGUCAUAGACCACACACUGUUGCCGGUCCUUGACAAGGCGAGGCAGAAGUCGCUGGUUGACGAUAGCCUCGACACCGAACCUGCGUAUAUUCCUGUUGAUCGUCACUAGAACCCAACCUGGCCAGUGGCUUGCAUUAGCCACCAACCUAUCCAGGGCAUAUACCACUCAGAUAUAUUUUCCUCUGUAUUCCGGGCCGUCUUUGUAUUGAGGAAACUUCUAAACUCG